AUGCCUUCAAAUGCACAAACUAAAACAUCGGGCUCAAAGAAUCAAACCAAGCCGUUAGCCACGAAGAAUGUGUCAAAGGCCACCGGGGCGAAAGACAUAAAGACUAGUGCACCCCCACCGGAUAUUAUGAAGCCUCUGGAGACUACGAAGCCUAAUCAGCUAGCGGGCAAGGCCACCGCUCGAAUAUCCUCCCUAGGGCCUGCACAGUCCACCAGCAACAUCAACCACGAACUUCUGGAUGAUGCGCCUGGUAGUAGUGGGGUUAACAAGAAGAAACAAAAAAGACGUCAAAAGGAAGCCGCGAGAAAGGCCGCAGAGCAGCAUGCAAUGACGGGUUCCCAGCUCGCACAGGAAUUCGCGAAUGUAGCAGACAGUGCAUAUCAGGACAUCGUCAAAGAGAUGGCUGCGGCACAAGCUCGAGGAGAGGCCAAUGGUUAUGAUUACGGAGGUUCGGAUUAUGACGAACCAGAGCAGUAUGAACCUGAUGAUGGGGAGGACGUCUCUUGGGAAUACAGAAGUAAUUACCCUCCACCCCGAACUAAUGGUCACACUCCACACAAUCAUGCACCUCCAGAGCCGUCUGGUGGCAAAGCCAAGAAGAAGAAGAAGGCAAAGUCCAUCUCAGCUCCUCAGCCACCUCCACCGCCUCCACCUCCACUUGGGCAGCAACUCCCGUCAGAAAUCCAUCAGCCUUCACAAAAUGCCUCCAAAGACCGCAUUUGGAACACAUCGACAGCGGAAGAACGAGAGAGGAUCAAAGAGUUCUGGCUGUCUUUGGGUGAAGGAGACCGGCGAUCUUUGGUCAAAGUUGAAAAGGAAGCCGUUUUGAAGAAGAUGAAGGAACAGCAAAAGCAUUCUUGUAGUUGCACGGUGUGCGGUCGGAAGCGGACAGCCAUUGAGGAGGAGCUGGAGGUAUUAUACGACGCUUAUUACGAAGAACUGGAACAAUAUGCCAAUAAUCAGCAGAUCAUUGGCGAGGACGGAAAGAUAUUGGCACCUCCUCAAUUCCAUCAUCCAAUGUCUCGAGCUCCGCCGAAUCGGCAUCCUCAAAUCGUCAACGGAAGGUCUUCCAGGGGCCGCAUUCAGGAGAUCGGCGAAGAUGACGAGGCUGUCGAAGAAGAUGACUACAGUGAUGAAGAGGAGGACGAUGAGAUAAGCGAGGACGACGACGGAGAAGACCAAGCUGGACCAGCUGCGGACUUCUUCAAUUUUCCUGAAAACCUAACCGUGCAAGAUGAUCUGAUCAAGAACGAUGGCAAGAAGUUUAUCGAGAUGAUGGAGCAGCUUGCCGAACGGCGGAUGCAACGAGAAGAAGAAGCACAGUAUGCUGCUAACGGUAUGGGUCAUCCGUCAAUGCAAGGUCACAAUCAUGGUCCGCCUCUGGACGAUGAUGGCUAUGAUGACGAUGAAGACGAUGAGUACGAUAGUCAAGAGUACGAUGAAGACGAUGAAGAAGACGAAAUGGGGUCAAUGAGCGAGCAGGACCGGAUGAAAGAAGGACGUAGAAUGUUCCAAAUAUUCGCAGCGCGAAUGUUCGAACAACGAGUCCUAACUGCAUACCGAGAGAAAGUGGCACUUGAGCGACAACAAAAAUUGCUCGAGGAAUUAGACGACGAGUCUCGUGUCGAUGCUCAACGUGAAGCCAAGAAAGCCAAGGAAGCGCAAAAGAAGAAGGACAAGAAGCGCCAGCAAAAGCAAGCCAAGGAUGAGGAGAAAGCCAAACGUGACGCGGAGAAGGCCGCCGAAGAAGCUGCUGCCAGAGCACUUGAAGAGCAAAAGGCCGAGGAGCUGCGCCAGAGAAAAGAACAGCAGCGGAGGAAGAAAGAAGCGGAGAAAAAAGCUCAGGAAGAAGAGAAACAACGAAAGGAAGCCGAAAAGCAGAGACGGCUGCAAGAGGCCAAAGAACAACAGGCAGAACAGGAGCGGAAACAACGAGAGCAAAAGGAACACGAGAAAAGGAAGCGUGAGGAGAGCAAGAAAAAGGAACGUGAAGAGCGACAAUCGAAGGAGAAGGAAGCCAGGGAAAAGAAAGAGCGUGAUGCUCGAGCGAAGAGCGAAGCGGAGGCAAAAACCCAAAACAGAAAAGAUGAAUCAGCGGCGAAGCAAUUCGUGCAAACCGCCCAAAGUAUUCCAAAGAGACCAUCGCCGGCCAACGGUCCGUCUAUCGCUGGCUCAGUGCCUCCGGGCCUUCAUCCCCCUCUUACAGCAAGCAGCCAUGCGUCCCCGCAUCUUCAGAUCGCCACUCCGGUUGUCCCCAAGGCUCCCACGCCGAUGCGCCAGCGUCAGCCAUCAUUCCAAGAGUCCCGCAAUAAUUCUCCCAAAACCUCGCUACCCGCUUCGUCGAGCUCCACAACUUCCCCGGGUGUGUCAGCUGGGCCGAACAACACGUUGAGCGGAGGAAAAGGAGCACUUCAACCCAUUCUCACACAGCAAUCUCAACCAUCCUCUCACUACUCUCAAACUGGUGUGCACUCCGGCCAAGUCUCACAGCCUCCAGGCCUCUCUAGCAUGCCAUCAAUGGUAGCAAAUUCGUUUCCUUCGUCAACCUUUGGUCCUCCGCUGUCACCAAUGACACAACAAGCGCCACACCAUCCUGCCAUGUACUCAAAUCAAGCCACUGUUGGCGGUCACCAAUACCGAAACUUCAUGGCACCAAAUGGAAUACCAUUCCCGCCUGGGGUCAAUGGAUCGAGGCAGAUGCCGCAAGGACGAGGGAUGAUGGAUCCUCCACCGUCGCAAAUAUCGCCCAUUGGCCUGCCGAGCGUCGGUUUGAAUGAUGUUUCUCGCUAUGGCUUGUCUCGAGACAACAUACCAUCUCAUACCCACUCAAGAAAUGCUUCAGCCUCCUUCGACAGGUCUGGUUUUGAGACUCCAACUACGCCUGCGCAAGCACAACCCAUCGCCCGCCCAGCUCCAAUAAAAAGACCUUCAAGUGCCGCUCCUCACCAGCAAGGGGGAAACGCAACGCCUACCAGUACGGACGUUGACGACCUCAGUAAUCAUCUUGGGAGCAAAGCUUUACUUGACGAUACUGAUGUUCCGCUGACGUUUAAUUCCAACGAUUCUCGGCGAGGAAGUAUGGCACCCGGAGCACCUCGUUCCGUAAGGCAAGGAUUUGGUAUCAACUCGGGGUUCUCAGAUCCUACUAGUACUGCAAGGACUGACAAUCUUCCUCGUGGGAUGCAAAACGGAAAUGGGAAUACUUGGUCAGCUCAGCAGUCGCUGUUUGGAGGUCCACCAACGUCAGGUCCGCCACUUUGGUCAAAUGGGCCUGGCUUUGGUAGACCGAACAAUAGCAAUGCCUUUGGAUCUAUCGGCAGCGCCAGUCGCGCAAACCCAUCCCGAGCUGCGACAAUCAGAAUGGCGGUGCGCACAGCCUGCGAGAAGAUGGAAGGCAGGCCUUUGAACGGGCAGGCUUCUGGCUGGCUCCGUGCUGAAGAUUUGCUCCGCGAAGUGCAAUUGGUGAAGCCGUCACAUGAAGCGCCCAUCAAUUCGUUGCUGGAGAUGCUCGAAACUUGCGAUAUCCCUGGUAACAUACAAAACGGAGAUGGCUCGUUUACUCGUUUACAGGACCCAUCGGGUUGGAUCAUCAGAUACGAGCCCGGACGAAAUUCGUCCAUAAGUGGGAGUGUGAGAGCAGCUGAUAUUGGCAGUCCUGUAGUUGGAGGCGCAAUGCCAACAAUUGGUGGUCAGAGGCUUUUCCAGCAGCCUGGGGCCUUUUGA